AUGCAUUCCCACCUACACACUCCGUACAACAUCAACUGCGAGGAGAUCAUGACCGCCCUCGACGAAUGCCACGCCCGAGGUUUCAUUCACAAGGCCCUCGGAAACUGUAACGACAUUAAGCGCGAUGUGAACCGAUGCUUGGCCGGAGAGCGGUACGCCCGUGCGAAGCGCAAUCGGGACGAUGCGCGCGAGAAGAGGAAGCGCAUUGAGAAGAUCUGGGCUGAUGAGAGGGCGGCUGCGACUGGUGUAUCGGCGGCGGAUUUGGCUACGGCGACGGCUGCAGCUGCGGCUGUGGGAGGGGAGAAGCAAUGA